AUGGCGCCACCGUCGUACGGCCACGCCGCCGCCGUCGUCGUCAGUGGUGGUGGUGUCGUGCAGAAGAAUGCCGCCGUCUCGGUCGUUGAGACGGCUGCUGCGGCGUCUACGCGGCUGCUCGACGCGGACGAGUUCCGGCGUCAGGGUCACCAGGUGGUGGAGUUCAUCGCUGACUAUUACGACGGGAUGGGGGAGUACCCGGUGCACCCCAGCGUCAGCCCUGGCUUCCUGCGCCGCCUCCUCCCCGCGGAGGCGCCGUGGCGGCCGGAGGAGCCCGACGCGUUCGCCGCCGCGCUGAGGGACGUGCGGGACGUCAUCCUUCCCGGGAUGACGCACUGGCAGAGCCCCCGCCACUUCGCGCACUUCCCGGCGUCGAGCAGCACCGUCGGGGCGCUCGGCGAGGCGCUGGCCGCCGGCAUCAACGUCGUGCCGUUCACGUGGGCCGCCUCGCCCGCCGCCGCCGAGCUCGAGAUGGUGGUCAUCGACUGGCUCGGCAAGGCGGUUCACCUGCCGGAGUGCCUGCUGUUCGCCGGCGGCGGCGGCGGCACGCUGCUCGGGACCUCGUGCGAGGCCAUCCUCUGCGCGCUCGUCGCCGCGAGGGACCGCAAGCUCGCGGAGAUCGGCGAGGACAGGAUCAGCGAUCUCGUCGUCUACUGCUCCGACCAGACCCACUUCGCCUUCCGCAAGGCGGCGCGCGUCGCCGGCAUCCGGCGGGACCACUGCCGCGAGAUACCGACGUACCGCGACGACAUGUUCGCCCUCUCGCCGGCGGAGCUGCACGCCGCCAUGCAGGCCGACGUGGACGCCGGCCUGGUCCCCCUGUUCCUGUGCGCCACGGUCGGGACCACCCAGACGACCGCCGUGGACCCGAUCCGCGAGCUUUGCGCCGUCGCGGCGCCGCGCGGCGUGUGGGUGCACGUCGACGCGGCCUACGCCGGGUCGGCGCUGGUGUGCCCGGAGUUCCGCGGCGCGAUCGCCGGCGCCGAGGCCGUCGACUCGUUCAGCAUGAACGCCCACAAGUGGCUCCUGGCCAACAACGACUGCUGCGUGAUGUGGGUGAAGGCGCCGUCGGCGCUGCUGGCGGCGCUGGGCACGGACCAGGAGUACAUCCUCAAGGACGCGGCGGCGGAGGGGCACGACGUCGUCGACUACAAGGACUGGGGCGUCACCCUCACCCGCCGCUUCCGCGCCCUCAAGCUCUGGCUGGUGCUCCGGUGCUACGGCGUCGAGCGCCUCCGCGAGCACAUCCGGUCCCACGUCCGCAUGGCCGCCGCGUUCGAGGCCAUGGUGCGGGCCGACGCGAGGUUCGAGGUGGUGACGACGAGGCAGUUCGCGCUCGUCUGCUUCCGGCUCCGGCCACCGCCGGAGCACGAGAAGACGGCCAACGAGCUCAACAGGACGCUCCUCGAGGAGGUGAACGCCGUCGAAUCCGGGCCGUACAUGAGCUCGGCCAACGCCGGCGGCGUGUACAUGCUCCGGUGCGCCGUCGGGAGCACGCUCACGGAGGAGCGCCAUGUCCGCGAAGCCUGGAAGGUCGUGCAGGAUCGUGCCACGUUCCUCCUUCGCAAAAUGGAGAUUACUGCCUAAGAGAGUGAUUUUAUUCACGGGUAAAUAAUUAAAUCUGCUCAGUGAAAAAUAUGCAAAAUGCUUCCAUUCACAAGCACAUAUAUUUGCAUGUACAGGGCGGUAAUUAAAAAAAAAAACCGUAGUGCGAUGUACGGCGUACGUAUACAUACACAUGCAACCAAUGAAAUGUACUGUUCUUUUUACACGAUCAAAUCAUAUAUCUAUUUAUUUGUUUUUACCUAGUGUACACUCUUCAUUUCCGAAAUUCGAGGGUGGUAAAAGAUGUAUAUAUGGCCACGUGCCUUCCAAAUGAAUAAUAUUAUAAGAGAA